CCAGAUAAAAGAUCCAGGCUCUCUCAGAGCCCAACACUGCUCCUGGAAGCUGCUGGAACUGUGGUUCAGUCUCCUGGACUUCUGAUUAAGACCCUUCUUUGCCAGGUGCUGAGACAGCUGCACUAUGUCAGGUGCUGGACAACAAAUCCAUGGAGGUGACGUUGGAUGGGGAUCUGGAGCGAUGAGUGAGCCUUACGUUGGGAAGCUCUCCGAUUUGGAUCAGCAAGUGUGGAUCCUCCAGGGCCAGACCCUGGUGACAGUUCCAAGGAGUAGCAACGCGGCAGCAGUCACCAUCACUGUUAUGCCGUGCAAGUAUCCGGAGGCUCUUGAGCAAGGCAAAGGGGUUCCCAUUUAUCUGGGAAUCCAGAAUCCAAAAAUGUGUCUGUUCUGUGAGGACACUGGAGGACAACCCACAUUGCAGCUGAAAGAGCAGGAGAUCCUGGACCUGUAUAACCACACUGAGCCCGUGAAGCCCUUCCUGUUCUAUCACAUGCAGACGGGCAGGACCUCCACCUUCGAGUCCGUGGCCUUCCCCGGCUGGUUCAUCGCCUCCUUCAAGAAGGGCCAGCCUAUCUUCCUGACUUCAAACCAGGGGAAAUUGUACAACACUGCCUUCAAUUUAGAUCUAAAGGCUUGAAUUCAGCCUGGAUGUAGCAGCGUGGUUGGAGAUCUUUGUCUUAAAUGGUCUAGUCCCCAGCAUGUUUUUAUUUGUGUUAUCUCAGUGACGUUUCACACCGCUGCUGAGAGGGUUACUGUAAUCAUCUCGCUGUGUGGAUGAAGAAGUAAUGACUUCAUGGUGACGAAGACCAGAACGUGGUCUCAGAGACAGGAGGCAUGGGCUAGUUAAGGCUCUCCUCUCAAACUGAAGCAGCCCGGCUCCCAAGGCAAACUCUACCACGGCAUGUGAAACCAUGUCAGGCCCCUGUGAGCAGCAGCGCCCUCAGUGUCAGAUGGUUGGCCUGGUCCACACUUGACUUUCACACCUAUCAUUUACUUUUGCAUUUGGGUAGCAUGAGCUCCAAGCUAACAUUCAUUGAAAAAUUUGGUUGCUUUGGAUUGUUAUCAACCGAGUGCUAGAGUGGGUUGGAUGCACCUGGAGAGAGGUUUUUGGAAUCCAAGGAGAAAUGAAUAAUAUUAGAACUAUUAGAAAUAGGUUGAAGGGCAGGGGUUAUUCCUUGAACCUGGACCUGAAGACACUGCCUGGUUACUCUGAGUAGCUGCACACAGGGCCUGAGGAUGCUGUCCACAGAGUGCUGAGAGCAAAGUUGCAAAUUAAUUAUGUGUUUCAACAAAACGUUACCUUUUGUUUCUUAGAUUUAAAAAAGCAUAAAGUUUUAAGGAGAUAUUCCUACCAAAGUAA